AAAACAGCAACUUUCCAACUGAACAAUUAAAUUGUUGUCCAAACGACGGAUGUCACUCGCGCGCUUGUCGCCCGAAGAGCAGCCAUUUUGAGCAGUGCGCAAACAUCGCAAAGCAUCACUACCAAAACAUUCCAGCGAAAAACUCUCGACGUGUCGGUUGUGAAAUAGAAAACGGCUCUCUGAGCUCUACCGCUUUUUAAUGGCCAAUAAAUACUUACUUAUGGAACGUGUGCAUAUGCCCACCGUCACUGGCCUGUUCCAGGAAAUGUGGGAAAGUACGAUCAAGGGCAAGCUGGAAGAGGCGGAUAAAAAAAAGUCCGACAAUAAUUACAGUGUGGUACAGCUGCUGCUUCACGAAAUCGGCACCUACUUGCGGUCCUACCCGUACCGCGAGCGGCUUUUUCUGCACCCCGACCUGAAGGACGAAGCCCGUGCGGCGGUCCUGCGUACCAAGGGGAACGAGCUGUUCCACAAGCGGGAGCGAAAGUACAUCGCUGCCACCGUCUACUACAACGAAAGCAUUGCGCACUCGCCGAAGGGCUCGGAAGUGCGAGCGAUCGGGUACGGCAACCGGGCGGCCGUCUGCCUGCAGCUGGGCCGGUAUGAAGAUUGUCUGGCCAACGUACGGCUUGCGCGCGAAUCAAACUACCCGGCUGCGCUGAUGGGCAAGCUGACGAUGCGUGAAGUCGCGGCCCAGAGUAUGCAGGCGAGUGCCGAAGCAGCGCGCCGUUUUGCAGACGACCCCAUGGUACCGGAGGACCAGCACGCGCAGGAGUUGAAGCUGAGCCACCCAGCUCACCCGACGGUGCCGCAGCGGGUGGCGGAUCUGCAGCUGUGCAACAACCAGCAGUACGGUCGGCACGUGGUGGCUACCCGCCAGCUUCGGGUAGGCGAUGUGGUAAUGGUUGAAAAACCGUACGCAACGGUGCUGAGCGACCACAUGAAGCGCGUCCGGUGCGCCUUCUGCCACGCCGAGGAACCGUUUCUGCUCAUCCCGUGCGAAGAGUGCACGAUCGCCAUGUACUGCAGCCAGAAGUGUUUGCGCACGGCCUGGCAACAGUACCACCGCUACGAAUGUCCCAUCCUGAACGACAUGCGCACCAUCGGCACGGAGUAUCUCGCGCUGGCGGUGCGCACCGUUGCGAUAGCGCUGGCCAGCUUCGACCACGAUCUGGAGGCGCUGCGGGCACAUUUGAGCCACCUGGACGUGUCUAAAGUGAACGCGUUUGAGAUGGACUGGCGCGCAGCGUCACCGAGGACGGUGUACGAAACGGUCUACAGCCUGGCCACCAACCAGCGGAAGCGUGCCCGGAAAGAUUUCGCCCUGAACGUGCUGGUGGCAAUGAUCACGCACAAGCUGCUGCUCAAGCGCACCCCCGCGGCGCAGGUGUGCGGUGCGGAUCCGAUCCUGCGCAAGACGCUGCUUAACCUGUUGCUCCACCAUCUGCAAAGCACGAUCGUGAAUCAUCAGUUUCUGCACUACAUGGACUACCUGGCGGAGCAGGACGUUUACGAGCCGGAUGAGUAUGCCAUCGCCUGCUUUCCGCUGCUGAGCAUGCUGAACCAUUCCUGCGCACCGAACGUGAAGCGCAUCACGAUGCGCGACGGACGGUGCGCCCUGGUCGUGACGCGACAGAUCGCCGACGGUGGGCAGCUUUUUGACCAUUACGACGUGCACCACUGGAUGAUACCGCGCAAGCAGCGGCAGAAAAUCUUGAAGCAGCUGUACAGAUUCACCUGCGAGUGCGAAGCCUGCGUAAAGGACUAUGGUUCGUUGCUAACCUUCGUUGAUAAGUACUCCAGCCCGGUAGAGUUCAUGCUAACGGGCAGCAUAUACGCUAGAUUGAUGGUGCAGAGUGAGGAAGAGGCAUUCAAAUGGUUGCCACUGCUGCAGGACUACAUGAACUCGGCGGGACGCAACUAUCCGACCAGUGUUAGUGUCGUCUCGAUGAACCAGCUGAUACACUGCUAUCAGAUACUUCACACCUACACAUCGUGGAUAUCGAUGUGCCGGUAUGGGCUUUAAUGUUGUGUAGUGAAAGGAGGGUUAAGAUAGAGAGAAAGAGAGAGCAGCUGUGCUAUAGAAUUGCACCAUGAUCGAAAGAGGAAAAGGGAGCAGAGGGCACGACUCCUUUUUAGAAGGUUGAAUUAGAAUUUGUUUUCGAACGUAACAAUUGGGCGCCAUAGAAGGGACGUCUUGCUGAAACAUUAGAGGGUUACAUUAUUUAGAAAUUUCGUAUCGACACAAGAUAAAAUCUUACGAAAAAGGGAGUACGAAUAACCCGUUAGGAUUAAAUUGAUUUUUUACGAAUAGAAAUAAAUAUUAAUUCUCCAUCGAACUUAA